UGGUUCUCUUGCAAUCGUUGGCUUUCGUCCAUGCUCUUGACUCUUGACUCUUGACGGACUGUUCGAUCGAGGCGGCACUGACUGAAAGUAAUAUCUCACUAGCUAGAAACUUAUUGUUUGCAACCCGAUCAGCAAAAGCAACCAAGAAGAAAAGAAAGAAGAAAGGAAGAUGUCUACUCUAUCUGCAAUUCAAAAAGCCGCCAAGAAGCAGGCUGAUUCCAUCACGGAUGGUGCCGUCAAGACUGUGGAAUCGAUGGAUGCUUCGUAUCAGUCCUUGUUCCCGUUCAAGACUCUCUCGGAAGCGACUGCCUCGUUCAGUGCUGGAGAUGUGGCCAAGCCCAAUGAAGCUUUGGCCAAGGCCGUGUCUGCCGCCCAAGAAGCGGUUGACUCGACGGUGACGGCAUGUUUGACCAUGGAACGCUACAUUUUGCUGACAAUCCCCCAGAUGGAAGACGGCGGAAACUUUGGAGUGACGGUGCAAUUGGCCGGUCUGAAAAUGGUCAAGGACGAUCGUGAAAAGUUGGAAAAAAUGUUGGAAGACUUGUCCAAGUAUGCUUCUAGCCGAGCCGAUGCUCUGGAAAAGCUCAAGUUGCCAUCGAGCAGCAAGAGCAAGACCACCACGUCGACUACAGCCAACAAUGAAACCAAGGGAGGGGAAAAGCCGGGAGCUACCAGUAGCACUGGGUCCAACACGGAAGAAAAGACUGUCGAAACAGAAAAUCAAUUGGCUGAUGCACCCUUCCGCCAGCAAGCCGUUUGGCAGGUAGAUGCCCUCUAUUACAGCAAGGCUCGCAAUGCAUUCAUGUCUGCGAUGACUUGCUUCAUGACUGCCGCCGAUUUCCUCGACAAGAACAAGGGAAAAAUUGCAGCUCCCAAGGGAUCGUCGGGAGGACGAGGAUUCUCCAGCAUGUAUUAGAUUUAGAUUGGAUUGGAUUGGAUUGGAAAAAGACAACAACAAAUAUGAAAAGAAGACAAGAACAUACAAAAUGCAAUCUGCAAUCAGCAAACACUUACAUGUAGCGACAAUCAGCAGGCAAAGUGGAGCAAACGUAGCCUAACUUACUAGACAAAGGCGUUACAAAAUAUC